AUGGAUGUUUUGGAAGAUUUGCACAAUGGUCUAGCUCCAACAAUUCGAGCCACUCUUACAAAGAAUUAUGAAGAAAGAAUCUGGCAAAUAAAAUAUUCCUUGUUGGGACACGCGUAA